AUGGCAAUCGUCUAUACCGCAAACAGUCGGUACGCUCUGGGAAGUCCCUCAGCAUCUUCGCUACAGAUUCGAGCGAAGAAGUCCCUGUUGGAGUUCCGGCUCCGAGUGUACUUCUUCUCGAAGGCAUGCUUGGAUGCCACCAAGGGUCGCCGCCCUAUAUCCAGAAUCAACCGGUCCCAGGCGGACCAUGACUGGAGUGCCUAUACGGCCUUCCUCGGGAAGCAAAGGCGACUCUCCAGCGACAGCUUGAACGAACUCAUGCCCUACUAUGUGCUGCCUUAUAUCGACGCGCCGCACACGCACGAGCUGACCCAGCAAAUCUUCACUGAGCAAUGGAGGGCCAACGUACGUGCGGAGCUUCAGAGAACCAUCGCUGACAUACCGCCAGGGAGGAGACGGGUGCCUUUGGUCUACUCGAUUGCGAAGGUGCAACAGGUGGAUCACGGCUUCUCCCCUAACAAUGCCGCGACGAAAGCGGAGAUCUACGGCUAUGCCAUGGGUGAUUCGGCAUCCCUGCAUGGCUCGGCCGCGGACCCUGAGAUGGCAGCUGACCUCUACCGAUUGGCAGAAAUUGGUCUCAGAGCCUUACAGAGUGACCCGAGCUCUGAGUACUUCCACGACCCGAGGAAGGUCAUGGAGGCCCAUCAGCAACUCGAGCGCAUGAGGACGGGAUCAAAAGCGAUGUUGCUUGGUACGAGAGGUCCAUUCUAG